GUUGGGGAGGUCUCGCCAGGCCUCCCCAUGACCAGCGGGCGCAACCGCAAGCCGAGCAGGAGCUGGAUCGCCCCUGCUCUGCUGCAGAUGACACCCCGCCCGUGGGCGGGGUGUCCAAAUUUUAUCGCGGUCACUGGCUAUGGAGGCCAGUGGCCCCGAGAGGGCUGGAAGGUGGACGAGGGGUGGGCGCCAGGUCGGCCUGGGGCGCUCACCUUGAUGCCCGUGCGGUGCUCCGAAAUUCUGAUGUCGUGGAGCGAAGACGGCCGCGUGCGGGUGCAGUGGUACGUGCGGGUGCAGUGCCUGCCCUACCGCUUGUACUUCAUGCGGCGCUGA